UAUUGCUAGGACUUUGAAGAUCAAAAGAAAGAGACGAAUAAAUUAUUAGUAUUAUUUUUUUGAUUCAACAGCUUGAAUUUCUCCUACACCGGCCACGCUGCCUCUUCACUGAGCGACUUUAUUGUCAUAUUUAUGGCCUUGGUGUGGACGAGUACGCCGUAUUUUCAUACUCACAUCAACACUUCUCAGUUUCAUUUUGACACCUGGUUCUUCCAUCUUUUUCUUCCUUUUCUGCCUUUCCUGUUUGGGUUUCGUUGGUUUGGUCUAAACAACAACAGCAAGAAGAAGGAGGAGAAGCAGGAGUUGAAGACCCUUUCAACAUGGGCAACUCCUGCAUGAAGCCGGUUGCUCAUGUUAAUUCUUCCAAUUUUUCUGGAAGUACAAAGUCAAGUAAGACACAGCGGAAUUACAAUUCUUCAGGACAAACAGCUUCUUUGCAAAUUUCAGAAUCAAAUCUUGUCAGACCCAUUUCCAAUAAUCUCAAGUCUUUUAGCUUCAAUGAUCUAAAGGAAGCCACAAAGAACUUCCGCGAAGAAAAUUUUAUUGGAGAGGGAGGUUUCGGGCGUGUCUUCAAGGGAUGGAUUAACACUAACACCUUUGCUCCCACAAAACCAGGGAGUGGGAUGGUAGUGGCCAUUAAGCAGCUCAAGCCAGAAAGUUUUCAAGGCCACAAGGAAUGGCUUGCUGAAGUCAAUUAUCUAGGGCAGCUUCACCAUGAAAAUCUCGUGAAACUUAUUGGUUAUUGUUCGGAGGAUAGAAAUAGGCUUCUAGUUUAUGAGUUCAUGCAAAAAGGAAGCUUGGAGAAUCAUUUAUUUAAAAGUGUUCAACCCAUAUCUUGGGCAACCCGGAUGAGUAUUGCAGUUGGUGUUGCAAGAGGAUUAGCAUUCUUGCAUAGCCUAGAUGCGAAUGUCAUCUAUCGUGAUUUAAAGGCGUCUAAUGUCCUACUUGAUUCAGAUUUCAAUCCAAAGCUUUCAGAUUUUGGUUUGGCCAGAGAUGGUCCUACUGGAGAUAACACUCAUGUUUCAACCAGAGUUAUUGGAACUCAAGGCUAUGCUGCUCCAGAGUACGUAGCAACAGGUCACUUGACUUCGAGAAGUGAUGUCUACAGCUUUGGUGUCGUCUUGCUAGAGUUGCUAACCGGGAGACGAGCAUUAGAAGAUGACAGACCUGGGUCUAUAGAAGAAACUCUGGUGGAUUGGGCAAAACCUUUCCUGAGUGACAGCCGGCGAGUUUUGAGGAUCAUGGAUACAAGACUAGGUGGCCAAUACUCCAAGAAAGGAGCUCAAGCUGCAGCUGCACUUGCAUUGCAUUGCUUGACCUCAGAUCCUAGAUACAGACCUCCAAUGGUAGAUGUUCUUGCUGCAUUGGAAGCUCUCAGUUCCUCAAGUUCAACCCCAAGGACACCAAAAUCUGAGAGUGAGGAUGUUUCAGCCAGGAAUUCUAGUUCUAGUCAUCCACAAAAGGCAAUCAGACAUUUAAAGUCUCUAUGAGUCACUUGUUGCCUUGUUCUGUGGUCUAUCUGUAGAAGAAAUGCUAUUGGAUUCCCUACAGUGCCUGUAUAUGUACCUUGAGCAAGAUCAAUUUAACUUUUGCACCUGAGCAGUAGGGAAUUUAAAUUCCAGUUAUAUACAGAUACAUUGAGGCGUUAGAAGAUAGAUUGGUGCCCGCAUGCUCAGAGAAAGGCGCAUCAGGACAUUAACUAGCUCCAGCAAGUGCUUUGUUCUUUCAAUUUUUUUUGUGGGCAAUUACAUCUUGGCAUUGAUUGAAUAAUAUGCAAAGCAUAUAGAAUAUUAGUCCUCCGAUCUGUAAUGUGUCACAGGAUUUGUUAUUUUCACUGUGAAAUGAGUUAAUAGCUAUCUUGUGGGAACAAUUGAAUACAUAGGCAAUAUUUGAGCAUUUCAAUUA